CAUGUAGGGAGUUAACAUGCAGUAAAUAGAUAGUGUAUCAAAGGCUAAUAGUAAGUUAACAUGCAGAAACCGCUAGUUUAUUCAAGGUAUAUGCUGAUAGAGUCUGGCAGCAUCACGGUUGGUCGCGUUCUGUUCACGUACAAUGCUGUGAGAGAGGACGAGAUCUCACUGCAAAAGGGGGAGAGUGUGCACGUGCUGGGCACGAACCAGUACAAUAUGCUUCUCAUCCACCGGCCUGCCAACGACGUGUCGCCGGCGGCAGAGGGCAUGGUGCCAAUGUACGUCAUUGGGGCCAAGGAAGGAGACCGCUCCUUCAAACGUAACACGUGGCAGAUGUUCAAGCAGCUUCGCUCCCCAGGUGGAGGUGUUAGCCCACGUUCCUUUGGUGGCGGUGUCGAUGGCUCGGACCGCUUUGAGUGGAACGGCAUGAGUAGCUUUGAGUGUCGCAGCAAGACACUUCCCCUCACCAAGGAGGGGCGCACAAAGCCAAGUAGCCAGGAUUUCCUGUACGAGAUGUCCCCGAGCGUGACUGUUCCACUUGAGAACCUCACUGCGCAGGCGGGGGACGUGGCUGUGUUCACUUGCCGGAUAUGUGGCCGACCUCGCCCGAUCAUCUCAUGGACUCUCAACAACAGUGUGCCCGUAGUGGCUGACCAUCGCACCGUGAUCUUGUGUAGAGAGGAUGGCGUGGUCACUUUGCAGAUAUCUAACGUUACCCCUGCGGAUAGCGGCGAGUACGCCUGCAUAACGAACAGCGACAUCGGCGGGGCAGUAACUAGAGCGACCCUCACGGUUCUGGACCGCCCCGACCCACCAACGAAGCCGACGGUGAAGUCCCAGGUGGGGACCUCUGUACAUCUAGAGUGGCGCCCGCCCCCCACCAUGCCCUCCGGACAAAUACAGGGUUACACAAUAGAGCUGAACGAGGUGGGGCUGGAUUACUGGCAAGCCGGCAUCCCAUAUGUGCCCACGACCUCCCAGGUCUUGGGCGACCUUAACCCAGGCUCCAUUUACCAGUUCCGUGUGCGCGCCAACAAUGCAAUCGGCAUGAGCGACCCCAGCCUCCCUUCUGACUUUGUUACCAUACCAAGUGAAUCAGAGUUAACGGAGAAAGAAGACAGCAAUUUCACGACAUGGAAGACCACGUAUAGCAACGACUUUACUGAACUAGAGGAGCUGGAGAGAGGCAGGUUUGCGGUUGUUAAGAAGACAUCUCAGAACUGCUCAGGCCAGCACUUCGCCGCCAAGAUGAUCAAGAGGCGUGGAACCAGCAAGACCCUUGUGGAGACAGAGUACAACACGCUACAAAGCCUUGACCACACCGGCCUGGUGCGCGCACAUGACCUGUACGAGACCUCAGAAUACUUCGUCCUCAUCAUGCAGCUCAUGCCGCAGGGUCGUCUGUUUGACUACAUCUGCAGCACGGCCCACUUUGACGAGCUGCACGCGGGAGAGUUCACACACCAGCUACUAGAGGCAGUGCAUUACCUGCACAACUGUAGAAUCGCCCAUCUCGAUAUCAAGCCCGAAAACCUCCUUUUGGACAUCAGUAAUUCUGUUGCCAUGGUGAAGUUGGCAGAUUUUGGCGACGCCCGUCAUAUCUACAACAACUUCUAUGUACACAGUGCUUCCGGUGACCCGGAAUUUCUCUCACCAGAAAUUGUUGCCGGCGUCCCUGUGGGGCUGCUGUCAGACAUAUGGAGUAUAGGUGUUGUCCUUUAUGUGAUGUUGAGUGGAGUAUCACCCUUCCUUGACGAGAGUGAUGAGGAGACGUGCUCCAACAUUCUGCGCAACGACUACUGCUUCCCAGAGGAAUUUUUCACCGGCGUCACACCUGAGGCGAAGGAAUUUAUACGCACAUUGCUCGUAGAGGAUAUGAGCAAGCGUCCACCGGCCCAGGCCUGCCUGGAGACUUGCUGGAUCAAGAGAGCUGCAAUCCCCAGAGGGACACAGAUCAGGCCUAGGCCUAUAUGUACUGCACGACUCUCACAUUUUAUUGAUCGACGUAGGCAUCUUAUUCUUGCUUCAUCAUGAUAGCAGAAGUCAAGCUUCUUGUCACCAGAGCGACGAUGUUUGCAGUAUGAUAGUAACAACUGUCACAGUAUCCUAGCAACAACUUUCGCAGUAUCAUAGCAAGGAUUGACGCAGUGUCAUGGCAAGGAGAGUAACAGAAAUAUAAUUAAGAUUGUUGAAGAAUCACAGCAAUAUUUGUUGCAGUAUCAUUGCGACGAAUGUCGGAGUAUCAUAGCAACAGCUAUUGGAUGAUCAUAACAGCCAAUUUCAGAGAACAUAGCAACGACUCUCAUGGUAUCAUAAUAAUAACUGUCGAAUAACAUAGCAAAGGAAGGAUUUAAUUGCAAUUUAGAGAUAUGUUCUGGUAAUACAUAUGGAGGACACAUCCUGCCAAAGUGUACCUUCAUUUUUGAUCAUAUCGCAAACGUCUCUUUAUUAUUAUCUUAUGAUAAGUUGUAUUUUUUCAUUACAAUAUUAGUUACACUGUUACGAGUAUAGCAUGAAACUACUGAGGGUGUAUAUCCCAUACACAAACAGUUACUAACUGUUUAACGAUUAUAUCUCAACCGACUUCUCGAUUACUCGGGGUGUGUGGAAAUUACUCGGGGUGGAAAAUACACCAUGGGCACGUGACCGCUCUGAGCCAAUCGGAUUAGGUCAUCUUUGUAGGAGGUGAGAUAUUAAUCGAUAUCUUUUUUAGCUCACGUGAGCACAACGAGCUCAUGGUGAGCUUUUUUAUCACUUUUUGUCCGUCGUGCGUCUUCCGUAGUGCGUCGUCCAUCGUCAACAUUAUGCCUUUUAAACGCUCUAGAGGCCACUUUUUGUCUGAACUUCAUGAAACAUGGUCCAAUGAUUUGUCCCAAUAAUAUCUUGCUCGAGUUCGAAACUGGAUAAUGUGAGGUCAAAAACUAGGUCACUAGGUCUAAUUAAAGACAACGCUUGUUAACACUCUAGAAGUCACAUUUAUUGUCAAAUUUUCAUGGUCAUAAAAUUUGUCUUAAUGUUUUCUCAGCUGAGUUCGAUAAUGGCUGCGCUUAAUUGAAAAACGUGGCCGCCAGGGGGCUAGGCAGUUUUUCUUAUAUGGCUAUAGUAAAACCUUGAUAACACCAUAGAAGUCACAUUUAUGACCCAAUCGUUAUUUAAAUUGUUCAGAACAUUUGUGCUUAUGUUAGCUCGGCUGAGUUCUUAAAUCGUUCUAGUCUUUUAAAAAACAUGGCCGCCAGGGGGCGGAGCAAUUUUCCUUAAAUGGCUAUAGUGUAACCUUGUUAACACUCUAGGAUUCACAUUUAUUGUUCAAUCUUCAUGAAACUUGGUCAGAAUAUUUGUCCUAAUGAUAUGUCAGCUGAUUUUGGAAAUGGUUCCGGUCCGUUGUAAAACAUGUCUGCAAGUGGUGGGGCAAUUUUCCUUAUAUUGCUAUAUUGAAACCUUGUUAGCACUCUAGAAGUCUGGCAUUUAUAUUCCAAUCUACAUGAAAGGUAAUAACAUUUUUUAUGUUUCCCAGUAUAUACUGGGUGACAUAUUGCAUUUGCCCUGUCUGUUGGUUGGUUGGUGUGUUUGUUUUCGUCAAACUUUAACAUUUGCCAUAAUUUUUGCAGUAUUGAAGAUAGCAACUUGAUAUUUGGCAUGCAUUUGUAUCUCAUGGAGCUGCACAUUUUGAGUGGUGAAAGGUCAAGGUCAUCCUUCAAGAUCAAAGGUCAAAUAUAUGGGUCAAAAUCACUAAACUUAAACAUUUGCCAUUUCUUUUGCAAUAUUGAACAAAGAAACUUCAUAUUUGGCAUGCAUGUGUGUCUCAUGGAACUGCACAUUUUGAGUGUUGAAAGGUCAAGAUUAUCCUUCAAGGUCAAAUGUCAAAUAUAUGGGUCAAAAUCACUCAUUUACUAUACAUUAUAACUUCGUAACGACUUCUUAAAUGCAUAUGGAGCUGCACUUUUUAAUUUGUACAAUGUUAAGGUCAAGUCAUCAUGAAAGGUCAAGGUCAUCAUGAAAGGUAAAAUGUCAUUUACAAAGGUCAAUUUUUAUGUUAAAUAUGCCAAAACGUCAGUACCACUUUAUACAGAUACUUUAUAUUACACAUGCAUUUGCUACUCAUACAGCUGGACGUAUUAAUCGGCGAUAUGUCAAGGUCAAGGUCAUAUGCUUAAAAAUGCCUAUACAUUUUUUACUAUUGUGCAUAGCAUGUCAAACAUUUGCCAUAACUUUUGAAGUAUUAAACAUAGUAACUUCAUAUUUGGCAUGCAUGUGUAUCUCAUAGAGCUGAACAUUUUUAGUGGUGAAAGGUCAAGGUCAAUCUUCAAGGUCAAGGUCAUCCUUUAAGGUAAAAAAUCAAAUAUAUGGGUCAAAAUCGCUUAUUUAAUAUACAGUACACAGCAACUUCAUAUUUGGCAUGCUGGGGGCAUAGUGUUUCUCAAACACAUCUUGUUUUAUGAUAGCUUAGCUCAGUUUGAAAAUGGAUGCGGUCAGUUGAUAAACAUGGCCACCAAGGGAUUUGGCAGUUCCCUUGUAUGGCUAUAGUAAACCUUGUUAACACUCUAGAAGUCAUAUUUAUAAUAAAAUAUUCAUGAAAAUAUAUCAGAACAUUUGCUUUUAUGAUAUCUCAGCUGAGUUCCAAAAUGGUUCCGGUUUGUUGAAAUACAUUGACCGCCUUUUGGGGCGUGGCAUUUUUCCUUUUAUGGCUACAGUAAAACCGUGUUAACACUCUAGAAGUCAUAUUUGUAGUCAAAUAUGCGUGAAACUUAGUCACAUCAUUUGUUUAUAUGAUAUCUAAGCCGAGUUCCUUUAUGGUUACGGUCUGUUGAAAAAACAUGGCUGCCACGGGACGGGAUAGUUUACCUUAAAUGGCUUUAUAUUGUUUCCUUGUGUACACUCUACUUAGAAAUUACCAAUUUAUACUGUGGAUGAAAUUUAUGCAUAUUAUGGUAUUCAUGAUCUGGACAUGAAGUCAUCUGAAUAUUAAUUCUACCGAUAAGAUAUACAGUUAAAUGCCAUUUUUUUGUUCCGUUCUAAAGAGGAUUAUUAUGAUGAAGAUUGGUUGGGGAUGAAGUGCAACAAACAUAUUUAUGCCAUCUGAAAACCCUUUAUUAAAUAUUCUCAAAAUUUCAAGUAGUAAUAUUGAUUUCACAGAAAAUUACUAAGGGGAGAAACAACUGGUUAUAACUUGACUUGUGUUUGACCUCCAAUCAUAAAUGCAGGGCUUGCCAGGAAUGUUCUCUUAUCUCUCCAAUUGAACCCAUUCAGCCACCUGCUUAUCAGCAACUAAUUAAUUCUCUAUUGACUGUGCCUGAAUUGUUCUGGUACAGUAGUAUUCAUUGAUGCCUUUUGAAAUGGUAAUGUGAUGAUUGUGUAACAGGCUUGAAGCUUAAAUGCCCUUAGUCCCUAGAAAUAGGCCCAAGCUGGGAACUCAUAUCAAAGACCUUCAGACUGAUAAGAUUGGAAUACAAAUUGUUUUGGCACACAGUUUAUCGAUGAGGUCUGUAGUUUUGGUGUGAUUAUCAAAGAUGUGUGUUUUGAAUAGGGUUGAUUGUUGUUUUAAUUCGAAAUAUCAUUAGAAGGUCUGUCUGAAAAUAGUUCCAGUUUGUUUAAAAGAAAGGUCCUUUGGUGGGUUGCAGAUUUCUUUGUAUUGCUAUAGUGAAACAUUGUGAACUCUCUAUAAGUCACACUUUAUUUCAAACAUAAUGAAACAUGGUGAGAACAUAAUGUUCCUAUAAUAUCUUGAUUUAGUUUGAGAAUGGUUCCGGUUCUCUGAAGAGCAUGGUUUCCAGGGGCGAGCAAAUUUCGUCUUGUGAACCUUAUGAUAAUAUUCAUGUUUCAUGAAGUACUUUUAUUAUUUUGAACUCCACUUUCCCAGAAUAGUUUAGUUCCUUCGCGUCUCAGGUGAUUGCCUUAGGGCCCUUGUCCUCUUGUUUGUAUUAUUAGUAUGUAAGAGACGACAAUAGCAUGCCAAUUAAACCUAUUUUCUCAAUAGAUGCACACACUUGUUUAUUUACGUUUACGAUUUUAUUGUUUUGUAUGUUUUAUUGUUUUCGUAUGCAUGCAACGUUUGUUGUAUAAAUAUUUGAGCUGAUAAAAGAUUGUUAUUUUCCUGAUAUGUUUGAUAUUUAUGCAUUUUUUUAUAUUAAAACAUUUGUAUUUAUUUGCUGUGUUGCAUGGGUGAACUUUUGUGAAAUGAUCAAUUUUAAUAUGUUUACAAUAUUUUCUUCAUACGAGGCCUUUCUUUGCAAAGUCUUUGGAAUUUCAUUUCCUAUUGGUGUCUACGUAGAUUCAAACAAUUACAUAUACGUGUGCCGCGCUUUGGGAAAACUGUGCUUAAAAAAUAAGAAUAAAGUAUCGUCUUAGAUCAGUAACCGAAGCAGUUUGCAGAAGCAAGUUAGGGAUGAAACUUCCCGCUUUUAACUGAUUAACCUGGGCAAAAUUCACAUGCUUAACUGGACGGCAAAAUUAUGUCUGUAGUAAAAUAUCUGCAUUUGUUUCAAGUUAUGUUUGCAAAAUUUUGACUGUAGUUACCUAUCUACACUCUUUUGUAUUAAUGUUUGCGAAAUUCUGACUCUAGUAACCUAACUGCACUCGUAUCAAAUUUAUGUUUGCGAAAUUCUGUCUUUAGUUACCUAUCUACACUCGUAUCAAAUUUAUGUUUGCGAAAUUCUGACUGUAGUAACCUAUCUACACUCUUUUUAAAGUUAUGUUUGCAAUAUUCUGACUGUAGUUACCUAUCUACACUCGUUUAAAAUUAAUGUUUGCGAAAUUCGGACUGUAGAAACCUAUUCUGCACUUGUUUCAAAUUUAUGUUUGCGAAAUUCUGACUGUAGGAACAUAUCUGCACUCGUUUACAAUUUAUGUUUGCGCAAUUCUGACUGUAGUUACCUAUCUACACUCGUAUCAAAUGUAUAUGCAAUAAUUUAUUCUGAGAAGUGAAAGUUUAAAUAAACUGGUUUGCUUUCGUAUGCUAGUGAUUGUAGAUGUCUGCCAUGCUUAUUUAUGGUAAUAAACAAUAUAUCAGA